CGAGAAGAGCUCGGCGUUCCAGAACCCACGAAGGGCAGUCGCAUGCUCUAUAUCCUCGUAUUCCGCAAGCUUCAGCCCAUUACAGAGCUACAAAACACAGAGUUUUUCGAUGUGUGGCGCCAGUGUAUCAUGGGCCAUAUUACUCUGUGGAAGGAAGGGGUGUAUCACCAAGAUGUGAGCCCUGAAAACAUGAUGUGGUACGGGAAAGACGGGAAGCGGAUAGGCAUUUUAAAUGACUACGAUCUAUCCUCGUUGCCGGAUGACCUAGGUCCUCGAGGCAACAAACGCAUGGGCAUGGUGCCGUUCAUGGCGCUCGAGCUUCUCACCAAAGUGGGUCUACAGGGCAAAGUCAAAUAUUUGUAUUACCAUGAUCUGGAGUCAUUUAUAUGGGUUUUCAUCUGGAUUUGCUUGCAUUACAGGCAUGGAGUCCUUCUUCCAGUGGGAUCGCGCCCUUUGGAUGAAUGGGUGACCUUAAACACUGUGGCAUGUGGCAUGCAGAAGCACUAUUUCCUAGGUCAUCUACGAGUUUACUAC